GCCCAUUUCACAAAUAUCGAGUUCUUACCAAAACCCUAGUUAAGCGUAAUUUCCCAAUUCUCGCACACAAUAUUUCUCACCAAACUUUCUGAUCCAUUUAUCAAAUCAUCCAAAACACGAAAACUCACAAGAUCUGCUCACGAAUUUGAUGGGCACGAUCAUCAGAAUUUCCAAAUCAAAAACCCCAGUUCCACGGACAUCGUUUCCUUCCACCACAAGCUCAUCAAUCUCCUCAACAGACACCGUAAACGCGUCGCAUGAGUUCAAGAUCACCGGCUAUGAGUCCUCCAAAGGAAUGGGUGUGGGAAAGUACAUAGCGUCGGAAUCCUUCACCGUCGGUGGCCAUACGUGGGCGAUUUAUUUCUAUCCCGAUGGCAAAAGCCCAGAAGACAAUUCAACUUACGUCUCGUUGUUUAUAGCGCUAGCCAGCGAUGCAACGGAUGUUAGAGCUUUGUUCGAGUUGUCGUUGAUGGAUCAGAGCGGGAAAGGAAGGCAUAAAGUUCACACGCAUUUUGGGAGGGUGUUGGAUGCUGGUCCUUACACACUCAAGUAUCGUGGAAGCAUGUGGGGUUACAAGCGUUUUCUAAGAAGGACAGUAUUGGAAACAUCAGACUACCUGAAAGAUGAUUGUCUCCUUGUUAAGUGCACUGUUGGUGUUGUUAAAUCAUGUACAGAGGGCCCACAGAUUUUCAGUAUAUCUUCACCACCAUCUGAUAUCAGUCAACAUUUUGGUCAUCUCUUGGAAAGUGGUGAAUUGACGGAUUUAACCCUCGAAGUUGAUGGGGAAAUGUUUCGCGCACACAAGUUGGUUCUUGCUGCACGUUCACCUGUGUUUAAAGCACAACUUUUUGGCCCUAUGAAGGACAAUAAUACCGAUUGUAUUAAAGUUCAAGAAAUCAAAGCUCCUGUUUUUAAGGCGUUACUCUAUUUCAUAUAUUGGGAUAAGGUUCCAGACAUGGAAGAGUUGAUAGGUUUGAGUCAACAAUGGGCUUCCACACUUAUGUCCCAACAUCUACUCGCUGCAGCCGAUCAAUAUGGAAUCGAAAGGCUUCGGUUUCUUUGUGAAACCAAACUUUGUGAAGAAGUUGCCAUCAACACUGUAGCCACAACUUUAGCUUUAGCCGAACAACACCAUUGUUUUCAACUCAAAUCCGUUUGCCUCAAGUUUGUUGCUGAGCCUGAAAACCUCAAAGCUGUGAUGCAAAGCGAUGGAUUUGAUUACUUGACACAAAGCUGUCCGUGUGUCAUUACGGAGUUAUUGGAAUAUGUGGCGAGGAUUAGAGAACACUCUGUCACAUCAUAUGGACGUGGGACUGGAACCGGAACUGGGAAUGAUGUCAAUCUGGAUGGAAGUGGCCCUGAUGGGAGGCGUGUCAGACAAAGGGUAUAUUAAUGAAUGAAGUUGAAGAGAUGUUGAUAUGAUGUAUGUACUAAUGUACUUUGCCUUUUGUUUAUGUUUUGACUUCUUAUAACUCGUAUUGUAAUAUCAAAUCAUUUGAGAUUUUAUGAUUUAAUAACUAAUGUGCUAGUAGUGUUGUUUGCCCC